AUAAAUUUCUUUAUUUUGCAGACGCGUACGCGUCACGAGUUAUCGCCGACGGACAACAACGCCCAGACGUCUCAAAUCAUCUCGCCGUGGACGAAGUUCUCGGAGAUGUCACCAACUGCUACGGGAAAACUGUCAGAAUCGGAUUUAUUCGCGGGGGGGCCGUAAUUUAUGGGGCGUUUGACAAAUUUAGGCAGGAGGCCACGUCCAUUACAAGCAAUUCUAUAUCUGGUGCUGUUUCUGAAUUCCUUGGUGGACCAUCAAAUUAUGGACUCCUGACGGCAGGUGGAUACACAAUGGCACUCAUCCGGACGGAGGAAUACAUUUUCUACUUCGACAGCCAUGCCAGGACCAAGCAAGGUCAAAUAUCCACCGCUGCUAGACAGAAGGCUGUGGUUCUCAAACUUGAUCGAACACACCCGGCCAGCGUCAACCAUAUCGGUUCGAUCGUCAACAAAAAUUGUGUGGGUGGGCCAAACUCUGCCGUCGUUACUAUUACACCACUCGACGUCACAAUUCUUGACGAGCAUCAGGUCAUCUCAACGCCACCCCCGCCCCCACCUGAACAGCCGCAGAAUAUUGAGAGACCACCGGAAGCCGCCGCGUUUGGGGAGGAGGCCUUGGAAGAUUGUCUCAUUCAUCCUGUGGACUUUCAUCGAGCCUCGGUUGGAGUCAUUCGCACUUCAUCGAACUGCUGCCCCUCCGAUUCGAGUCCACGAUGAGAAUCAUUUGGAAGAAAAAUGCUUCGUUCAGUGCUUCCCUCAUGGGCAAUUUGGAUUUGAUGAAGAACGUGACGAUCGUCUUCAUUUAACUGCUCAUGGAUACUUCCAGACCCGAGUGAUGACCCCAGAUUUCACAGUAACGAGUACCUCUUCUAUGCCCUCUCAAGGUCUGAGGAGUCCAUCAUCAGGUCGAAGAUCAAUGUCUGCGGCAAUAUGAGGUAUCAGGAUGAACAAAACGAUAACGCCCCAGCUGCCGAAAAUUUGCAUCUUUACAUGAGUGCAAUAAGGGGAUCAAAAUCGUAUUGGAAGAAGUAUACCGGAGAUAU